GGUGUUAGUGCGCUUUGUUGGGACCAGAAAAAAAAGCCCUACCUACUUUUUUGUUUGGUGUUUUGGCACCGUUUGUUUGUAUUGUAUUGUUCCUGUUUUUCCUGUUUGUGUCUGUCUUUGGUAUCAUCCGUUAUCCCUAGUUUAUCCUUUCCCUUCUUUUUCCCUUACACCGUGUUUGGCGCCUCGUUUUUGGCUCAUCAUCCUUUUUCCUUCCCCCGGGAAAGCAGUGGGCAUUCCACCGCACAUACACACUUACCACACUUACUUACACAUACUGUGUACACAUACACACACACACCCUUCGGGAUCAUUCGGGAUGGGGGUAACCAGGGGAGUUACUACUGGUACAGCCAAUGGUUUCAGGGUCUUCACCUGACCGUGCUGGUCCGCGAUGGAGCAUUGGCUUACUCUCUCACUCACUCACACACCUCCUUCCCCUUCAGAUAACCCAUUGCUGCAUCUGAUGGGAUUAUUCCGUAGUCGUGUGUGUAUUUUACACUUGUAUGGACCGAUCCCUUCCGUUCAAUUCCUUUUUUUCCCCUCGUGUCGUCACAAAAAGAAGAAAAAAACAUUCUUGUCUUGUCUCUACGGGUCCCUCCCUUCAUUCUUUCCUUACAUAUAAAUUGUCCCCUUCUCCCUUCCGCUUCUGACACCGGGCCACCUAACCCAGCAACAGACCGGAAAAGACAGGACAAGACAAGAGACAAGCAAUAGAGACCAGCUACGGUAUGCAAAAUUUUCACAGCAAAACGAGAGACCGCAAAGAAGGAAAAAAACCAGACGUGCGGCUUCUCGGUCGCAAUCAAACCGGGCCGAAUCGGGCAUGCGGCUCCACCAGCACCGGAGUUUCUGAGCAAGAAAAUUCCCACUUCUGAGACGCAAGCAGGUUUGCGCCGCGUCGGCUGGAAGGAGGGAAGCUUCCCCAAUUGUGUUCUGUUGCUGUGCUCCUGGUCUGCUCCCUCGGGAAAUGCCUCACCGACUCAUCGUAUUGGGUAUCUGCCGUUUUGGGACAACCCGGCUCCGUACGGAGCGCCUUUCGCCGGGGAAACGCGCGACGAUCCGUAGCUCCCUGAGCUAGCUCGCAAAUAGCACAGAAAUGUUAGUCCACACAGUUCUGGCGCUAUGGUAGAAAAAAAAAAACGACAUC